CUUUGUUUAUUAUUCAUGAGAAGCUCAAAUCGGCCUGCAGGCCGCUUUUCACUCUUCAUAUCUAGGACCUUAGAUAUCCGGUGAGAUGUAAUGCAGGGAGGUACCCAGGGUAUAUCAACUCGAGUCUUUUCCGGUACAAUGUUCUGUCCUUGGGAAGCGGAGUGCCCGGGAGAGACUCGCUUGCGUGGGCGUAGGCCUGUCGAAAUUCGAUCUGCAAGCAGAUGUAAGGCGUCGGCUACCUCACGUUUGUACAUCCUUUCCCAGUAAAACUGCCUUAACCUUUGGAGGGCCAGCAAAACUUCGCAAAAACUGCUUCUAAGACAUAGGUUGGAAUUGGAGGGUGGGAAAUGCGAAUGUUCGCUAAUAGGAGACGUACUUUUAUCAACGUUCAAGCCGCGAAUAGUUUAUAACGGUCCGUAUGUCAGGUUUCCUUAAAUGUAAUUCAGGAAAAUGCAAAGCAGGAAGGUGGCCCGAAUUCUUUUUAUGGAUAGACGUGACGCAUUACGGCCAGAGGAGAGUAUGACUUCUUAUCUCGUGAGCAAGUUGAGUGACUUGGUGACCAUCGUUGACUUCCUGACCACUUUUUACCUGCCCAAAUAUAGUCAAGAGUCAUUUAAUAGGUUUCCAUCAUGAUCUGUGUUUCAUACACAAACACACUGGACUUAAUGACUAUACUGUAUAUGGGGUACCGAAAUUGCACAGUAUUCGUCACUGCGUUACAAAGGAUUUUCCCCGUGUACUUCCUCCCUUGAUGCAACUGCCCAUCUAUAUAUAUACCUACAAUACACACACAUAUGUACUUUGUUUAAGCACACGUUGCUUUGCGGCUUGGCACAUUUUGUUUGCGGUUUCUAGAUAAAAAGAUGUGGCGUUAUUUCGUUCUUCUGCCUUUUCUUUUAUCAGGCAGCAUUGUUCGUCCAUUUCAUCUGUCCAUCCUUCACACCAACGAUGUCCACUCCCGUAUUCAAGAGGCCAACGCGUUCGGCGGCAGGUGCCGGCCGGGCCAGCCUUGUUUCGGAGGAGUCGCCCGCAUGGCCAGCAAGGUCGAAGAGGUCCGAACUAUUGAAGAUAACGUGAUAUUGCUUGACGCCGGCGACUGGUUCCAGGGAACGCUGUGGUACUACUUCUUUCGGAGCUCCGUGUUGUCACAAUUUAUGAACGAACUGCGCUACGAUGCCAUGACUAUCGGCAACCACGAGUUUGACGACGGAGUAGAAGAACUGGUGCUUUCUGAGGAACGUAAACUUUCCUGUGUGAGCGCCAACAUAAACGCCAGCAGGGAACCUGAGCUUCGAUCUCUCUUUAGUCCUUCCGUGGUCCUGAACGUGAGCGGAGAAUAUCUCGGUAUCGUCGGCUACACAACUACAGACACUCCCUUCAUCUCCGACCCAGGGGAUAAUCUGGUGUUUUCCGCGCUAGUGGAGUCGGUACAGGAAGAGGUAGACAAACUACUGGACCAGGGAGUCAACAAAAUUAUUGCCCUGGGCCAUGCAGGAAUAUUCGUGGACCAGGAGGUGGCCUCGCGUGUGCGCGGAGUGGACAUUGUGGUCGGCGGACACACCAACACAUUCCUAUACACAGGUAAACCUCCAUCUAACGAAGAGCCAUAUGGCGUGUACCCUAUCGCGGUCUACCCUGACCACGACCCGACGAGCCCCGUCCUGGUGGUCCAGGCGUACGCCUUCGGGAAGUACCUGGGACACCUCAGGGUGACGUUUGAUGACGACGGUAAAGUUACACACUGGGCGGGGGACCCGAUCCUUCUGAACGACACAGUUCCGAAAGACACCAACAUCUCCGCCGAAGUGGCCAGGCUGGCGACAAGCCUCGCCAACAAGACGGAGCAGUCCGUGGGGACAACACAAGUACUACUUGGCGGGGAAUGCGACUUUGGGGAAUGCAACAUAGGUAACCUGAUCACAGACUCCAUGGUUCACCACAACAUCAAACAUCCAGACGAAACCAGCUGGAACGAUGUCGCCAUUGCCGUCCUGAACUCCGGCGGCAUCAGAUCCAUCAUAGGCCAAGGAACCAUCACCGUGGGAGACAUCGUCGGAUGUAUCCCUUUCAUGAACACCAUCGACAUCGUGGAGCUGCGCGGGGAGGAUGUGGUGCGCAUGUUGGAGCACUCAGCAAGCCUUAUCGGCCAUCCAAGGUUCCUGCAAGUUUCUGGUCUUCGCGUCGUGUACGACAAGACGAAGGACCCGGGUCACAGAGUGGUGAGAGUAGAGGCACGCUGCAGCACGGGCUGCCUCAUCCCCGAGUACCGACCGCUGGACCCCGCCGCCAGCUACAAGAUCAUCAUGCCGACGUUCUUGGCAAACGGCGGGGACGGAUACAACAUGAUUGCUGAGAACAAGACAGCUCACUACAUACCAGGUGACCUCGACACAGACAUCCUGAUUGCCUACAUCAAGACCACGUCGCCCGUGUCUGUAGGGCUGGAGGGACGCAUCAAGGUCAUCAACUCAACACAGGAGGGGGCGCAUGUUCUGCAGCCCUGUCCAACUAUGGCAGCACCUACUACUGGCCUUGUUUUCACAACAGAGCCAGAUGAUCACUAUGACGGCGACUUUGACAACAAGAACAUCAUCGCCUUAGCCGUGGGAAUCCCUGCAGCUCUGAUCCUAACCGUUGCUGUUAUAGCCUGUGUGAUUCGGUGUGUGAAGAGAAGUAGAAACAACUUCACCAUGACAAGCAGAAAACAGGCUCAUGCAAACCCAGUUUUUGCCAUGGAAAAUGGGAUGAAAGGUUGAACAAAAGUUAGAAUAGCCAUUACAACAUUUCAUUACUUCCAUCCAUAGUCAAUCACACCAGCUUUUGCUUUAUGUCAAGGGGCAUUGUCCCUUAGAUCUAACAUACACAUUUUUUGUUCUGUACUUUGUUUUUCUAGAAAUCAGUGGAUGUGUGUGUGUGUAAUUGUGUGUUUCUGUGUAAAAUUUAAGAUUCUGCUUUAUCUACAUGUGUGUACAUAGAUUUUAGUUUUGUCAUUGCAUAAGCUAUUCCUGCAGUUAAGGACACAAUGUCAAAAGCAUCAAGCAUAGCAUGUAAAAAAGUGCAUUUACAAAUUGCAUAACAGGACAAAGGGUAUUAAGCCUCAGGUGAACAAUUAUCGGGACGGAUGUCAUUUUGCAUGUACAAAAUCCGCAGUUGACAUGACAUACAAUGAUGAAAUGUAUAUAUUAAAUCGUUUGACAUGUACACACCUUGUUUUCUUCUAUUAGCUUGUGUGAAUCCUUCUUUCUUAAGUCCCCUACAGUCAGUCACCAGUAAAUAUACUUUAGCUGGAUGAUACCAUUAGAAAGAAUCCUUAGAAAAAGCUAAGCUAACAAGAUAGAGAUAUGACACUGUACAUACUAGCAUACCUGUAUCUCCUCAAUGUAUGGGAGGCAAAGCCCAAGGAAAGAAUAUAGCAGAAUAUUGGAUCAAGACUUUUCCUUAUGAACUUAAAGUCACUCACUUCCCAUGAUCAAAAACUGUCUUGUUACUUAAAGGAUUGUACAUUUUAUGACAACAUGUGAAUUACAGGUAAAGCUGCUGCCAGCUAGCUUGUUAGCACUUAAGCACUUUGUUAUACACCAGGGGUGGUGUCUCAGAUUAGAAUGGUGACUUACCCAAAAGUAAUUCUAUCAUUCCUAUUCAAAAUGAUAAUGGCAUCAGACACAGGUUUUCAGGUAUAUAUAUAGGUUCUAUUCAAAUAAAAAUGAUAAUGAAAAAGAUAACAGAAAAGUGCUUGACAGAGUUGGAACA